GGCCCACGCCUAGUUUCCCUCUCUCUCUCUCUGUCCCUCUCUCUCGGAGGAAAAGGGUAAGGUAAAGGAAAAAGGAAAAGCAAAGGAAUCAUCCAUCAAGCAAAAGACCAAGACGGUAGAAGAGGAGGCCACAGAAUUCUCUCCAUCCCAUUCAUGGCGGAAAAGGGUGGACCAUUGCCAAAGUUUGGGGAAUGGGAUGUCAAUGACCCAGCCUCAGCUGAGGGAUUCACAGUAAUCUUCAACAAGGCUCGAAAUGAGAAAAAGACAGGUGGCGAGGUUGACUCACCACCAAAGGAUGACUCAAAAUAUAAGCAUGGAGCAGUUCUUGGGAAACCUCAUUCCCAGAAAAAAUGGUGUUGCUGCAUACAGUCUGCUCAUGCAGAAUCAUGAGGCUGCUUUUACCUCAUGAUAGCUUGAACAGGAAAACAUUGGCCUUGAAUAUCCGAGCCCAAAAUAUGUUACUGAAGACUGAAGCCGUAUCAUAUACUAUGAUGGAUCAUUGGAUCCUGGCUGGAAUCUGUUUAUUGUGUCUAAACUUGGUGAUAACUUGCAAUUAGAGAAGUUUAAAGAACAAUGUUGUAGUAUGUUCAGUAUACUGGCCGGUUAUUAUUGUGUACUACUUCUCUCCUUUACUGAAAUCCUAUGAACUGACACUACUAUUUCUUUUUAUAUUCUUUGGAGUGGAUUUGAUUUACUUCUGAUAA